UUCUUUAACCCCAACCCACCGAACAGAUCAAGGAAACAAAUAACCACAAAGGCUUUAAUAAUUAUGCCUUAAAUUUUAGGUAGAAAUUAACAUUUCCACAGUGUGUCUCGUGAGAUGCUGCUGCAGCAACCACACCCAACCAUCAGCUCUUUAUCCUCCUAUCUUUCCCCAUAUUCGGAUACAGAUAAGAGAUUACUUCACUACUUUUGCAGCUGACAUCCAUGGCUACCUCUAAAUUGUUUGCUGUUGUUGUACCAUUGGUCAUCAUCUUUUCUAGUUUGCAAAUUGUGACCAGUAAGCAUGCUAUUUCAGCCUCUCCAGCUGGUUCCCCAUAUGUGAAUGCACCCAAUAUGUCCUCAUUUUUCCCUUCUCAAGCUCCCCCACAGUGGCCAGAUUCAGGAGCCUUUGGACCCAUACCAUCUUCAGGCGAGUUUGUGGGGAAGAGUUCUUGUACUUCAGCUAAGCCUGAUGUUGCCAUUCUUGCUCUUCUGCAACUCUUUUUCUUAUUUGUAAUGAGAUUCGUUUACACUGUUUAAGCAUAUAUGUAUGUAGUUUAAAAUAACUAGUAAUCUCAUCUGAGAUGCUUGGCUGCUGUUUUUUUACUACUGUAUUAGUGUAUGCAAUUUUCAGGAUAAACUGAUUUCUAGAUUCUUGUAACAA